CAUGCCACUUGACUUCCACCGACCAUUUGAAAACCACAAUCAGGGGGAAACAGGAACUGAUAAGUGCAGCGAGACUAGAAGUAACAACUCAGCCACAAUGUAGGUGUUGUUUGCAAUUGACUCACAAGUGCUGAGGGAGACGUAGCUGAGACACAGAUGGCUCUGGUGGCAGUACUGAUGUUGGCCAUGCUAACAGUGGGGACACUGUGUAAGCCUGUGCCUGGCGAUUGGGACCACAAGAUAGACAUGGGGCAGGACUCUGAUGAAGUUCAACAAACUGAAAACCUGUAUACACACCACGAACAAAAUAAAGAUUUUGAGGAUUUUGGGCAAAAUCAAAAUGAACAACAAGACAUUGAACAAGUAGGACACCAACACCAGGAAACACAACAUGGGCACAACCAAGAAUUUGAAGACUUUAAACAAAAUCAAAAUGAACAUGACAUCGAGCAAGCAGGAAAUCAAUAUCAGGAAACACACCAUGGACACAAUCAAGACUUUGAACAAAAUCAAAAUGAACAAGACAUUGAACAAGUGGGACACCAGCACCAAGACACGCAACAUGGACAAAAUCAGCAGUUUGAAGACUUUGAACAAAAUCAGAAUGAACAACAAGACAUUGAGCAAGUAGGACACCAACACCAGGACACACAACAUGGACAAAAUCAGGAGUUUGAAGACACUGAACAAAAUCAGAAUGAACAACAAGACAUUGAACACGUGGGACACCAACAUCAGGACACUCAACAUGGGCAAAAACAAGAAUAUGAAGACUUUGAACAAAACCAAAAUGAACAUGUCGGACCCCAACACCAGGAAUCACAAAAUGGACAAAAUCAAGAAUUUGAACAAAAUGAAAAUGAAGAAGAUAUUGAACAAGUAGGGCAAUUUCAUCAAACUUCAAAUGAACAGGAAUUUCAACAUGUAGGACAACAUGAAAACGAUAAACAAUUUCAACAAAGUCAACAUCACGAAGACACAGAACAUGCUGGACAGAACCAUGAAUACGUUGGGCAAACUCAGCAGAAUGAUGAUGAAAUAACCCAGCUGCUGGGGUCUGAGAAAUAUGGGGGGCAGCAACAUGACCACAAUCAUGCAGUUGAACAUGUUGUUUCAAAGCAGCGGUAUGGAGAACUGGGUUUUGAAUUUGUGUCAACUGAGAAGCCCAGUUGGUGGAAGAGACUUGGCAACAACAUCUCCAAUACAUACGAGACAGCAAAAGACAAGGCACAUGGCAUAGCCAACAAAAUUAAAGAAAGAAUAGGUUAAAAAAAGGACGCAGUGAGUUUGAACAUGACUAGACAUCAGUCCUCAACCAGUGAUCUACACAGUAGUGUUAUCUACACAUUCCUGGCUUAUAAAAUCAUAGGGAUGACUAUAUUCACCAUCUUGUUUGAAGAAAACAAUCUUUCACUGUUCCUCACAUAAUAAUUUCCGUACUUUUCUAUUCUGAAAGUCACACAUUUCUUGGCCAUUGCCAUGCAUCAGAAAAUAUAUGCAGUUUCAGCAGUGUGUGAGACAAUGAAUUUAUAGUAAUUCAUUUGAAUGGAACAGCAAUAUGUAGUGUGAAUACAUUGCAGUUCUCUGUAACGUUCAUUAUCUUGACAAACAUAGAAUGGCAUUUUUAAACAUAAAGUAACAAAACAAAAUGUUUAAUGUAGGAGGUAAACGCAAUAAAGAUAAUGUCCUUCAAA